AUUCCCUGCAUGCCCUGCAGUGAAGGCAUAGAGAAUUGCAAAACUUGCUGAUGCUCCUCUCAGAGGUCUAAUGAGACUGGCCUCAUGAACUGAAGGUAAGUUCCAUUGUUCGGGGGGAAGGUAAGUUCCAUUGUUUAGGGGGGAAACCCCAAACUUUGGUGAUUACACUGAAUGCAUUGAAGACUCAUGUCUUGAAACAUCUGAGGAGGAUGAGGGUCAGGGUCAACAAAUGAUGUGGUCUGGGAUUGGGGGCCAAGUAGAGUCCCAAGGGCCAGAUAUUUGGCACCAGAGACAGAGGUUCUCCACACCCACACCCACACCCACACCCACACCCAAUAGCCUUACAGAGCAAUCCUAAGCAUGUCUACUCAGAAGUGUUCCAUUCCGUUCAGUACGUAUAGGAUUGCCGUCUUAUACAUCAUUCAUUUAUUAUUACAAAUGUUGCAGGGUCAUUGAAGAGGAGAGCAUGUGCAAACUUCCCUUUCUCUACCAAGAAACCGCAGCCUGCUUCGAAUGCAGAGUUGCGCUUUCCCAACAGAUUUGAUCAUCUGCUCACACUCCCCCCACAACUGCAAUUCCUUUUCAAAAUAAAUAUCCAUAUAGAUGCAAGUUCAGGUUUUUGUUGAUGCAAUCGUAGCUUCCUUACUGAAAAAUAGAUGUCGUUUAAAUAACAAUUCCCCACAUAUAAAGGUUCGUUCCAGUCGUCUGGGCACUAAUUCCGAUUUUUAUCAGGUUGGUGGGCAAAAAUCCUGAUCUUAUAAGGGCAAGUUGGGCAGAAACAGGUUUGACUUUCUCUGAGCAAAUCCCUGCUUUGGACCUGCACCUGAUAAAUGCAAGGUCCAAGUGGGCAAUUGCUACUCUCAUCACAAAAUCCUAGUUAAGUUAACUCAGAAGUAGUUCAGAUUUGCAUAUACAUAGGACUGCAGCCUACAGUGCUUUCUGUUUUCUCUUCAGAGGGAAUUCGAAUCCAUGCAUUUCCUAAACACACACCAAAUGGAGCAGACUGGGAGAGAGGUUAGGUGAUGUUCCCAUGUAACACGAUCCGGAACUCAUGGCAGUGAAUGAACAUCUCUGUAUUAGGGCCAUUUAUUUUUAUUAACAGCAGCAACAACAUACCCUUUAAACAUCUUUUCAUUCAGACUAUUCAAAGCAUUUAGAUUAGUAAUUCGGUUCUUUCCUAUGCAUGACCGAAACUCAUUUUUCUCCAAAAUUAGGCAAUCAUAGCGAACACAAAGUGCAGAUGAUGUAAAUUAAUAUUUGUACAGUAUCAGAUCAUCUGGCAUUAAAUCAAUCCGAAGCUAUAAAGGUCAGGUGCUUGUUGAACACUAUAGCUGGAUUUCUCGCUCACAAUUAAAACAGUAAAGCAAAGCUUUGAAUCAUAUUAGAUUGAUAUUUAGUUUAACUCAGUACCAAAGGCCUUAGCCAACAGCCAGGGUCUCAGCAAAGAUCCCUCUAACACCCAUCUACACCCAUUCUAAUUAGAGAUUAGUGUUUGGUGUCUUCUAGAUGCAAAGUGUAUAAUUAAUAAGUGAUAAUAAUAAUAAUAUAUUAUUUAUACCCUGCCCAGCUGAAUGGGUUUCCCCAGCCAUUCCAGGCAGCUCCCAACAGAAUAUUAAAAACACGAUAAAACAUUAAAAACUUCCCUAAACAGGGCUACCUUUAGAUGUCUUCUAAAAGUCAGUAGUUGUUUAUUUCCUUGAAAUCUGGUGGGAGGGCGUUCCACAGGGCAGUCGCCGCUACCAAGAAGGCCCUCUGCACUGGACCUCACCCCUGGCUGAACGAUGGGAGUGGAGACGCUCCUUCAGGUAUACUGGGCCAAGGCCAUUUAGGGCUUUAAAGGUCUGUACCAACACUUUGAAUUGUGCUCGGAAAUGUACUGGGAGCCAAUGUAGGUCUUUCAGGACCAGUGUUAUAUGGUCUCAGCAGCCACUCCCAGUCACCAGUCUAGCUGCCGCAUUCUGGAUUAGUUGCAGGUUCCGGGUCACCUUCAAAGGUAGCCCCACAUAUACUAUAUGAAAGCCAGCACAAACCAUUCUAUAACCAAUGUGGUCUCCAAAUCAUUGGCGUCGCUGCAUGCAUCUCUUCACUUUCUCUCAUAUAUCUGAAUGGUUGUCAUUAUUACCUCCAGGGAAAAAUAUCUCUGUACUUGGAGACACUUUUGCAGCAAUACAAAAGCUGCCCUGCAAAUGGAACGACCCUCAGCUGACGCGGUGAGAUGUGUAAUGCACCUCAGUACACAAGGCACACAAAGAUACACUAGGAUGCCGCCACACACACACACCUUGAAAUUCCCACUGUCUAUUUGCAACAUACAAACAGUUCCUCCAUAAGCAACUGCCCUCCCCACAUCAGGGACUUGAGUUGGUAUUAGCUGAAAGAGAGCAUUCCAUUUCAGCAUUAAUUGGCUGGCUUGCUUGCUUGUUGACAUUUAUGGCACUCCAUAUGGCUCCAAGGGAUCCCUUAGGGUGGCCAACAACAUGCCAUAGAGCAAUAAUAAAACCCAUUAAAAAGUAAUAACAUUAAUCAAGGUAAGCAAGGCAGGGGGAGGUGAACACGGCAAUGCUAAAAACCAAUAACAAAGCCAAUGAAAUAACCAAACCGAUUUUGUAUAUUCUUGAUACAGUAAGAAAAACUAAGGAUGCCCCAGAGGAGGGUGGAAUAAAAUGAUGUUUACCGGUUUUCUUUAAAAGGGGGACAGAAGGGGGCCCAUCAAACAUCCUUGGGAGGAGAGAUCCAUAAGAAGGCUGGUGCCAUGCAAAUGGACAGCCUAGUAUCAGACAAUGUCAGAAAUCAGAGCAAGUCUCUAAUGGCCGUAUUGCAAGGAUGGGGAACCUGUGGCUCUUCAUGUGUUGGUUAGGGAUGAUGGGAUUUGCAGUCCAGUAACAUCUGGAAGGUCACGGCUUCUGCUCCUCUGUUGGGAGGAGGAAUACCACACCUCUGUGGAAGGCCACAAAAAGUAACACUCUCACACUUUGAGCUGGCAGCGUUUGCCGACUCUUAACACAGCUCUGUCAUAGCCAUGUUUUCCAAAGGACUCACAGUUUGACCUCUCUGAGAGGCCCUCUUUGUACAUUGUCUAAGGAAGGACAUUCAGAACAGAAUCAGGAACAGAAUCAGUAAGAGUGAAUUUGCAAACCCUCUUUCCAACCUACAUAAUUUUGGGAAAGAACACAGUCUAGUGAAAUUUCAGCUCCAUUUAUAGUGCCAAGUUCUUUCGGGUAGGGUUUGAAAACAACAGGGAGUUGUGAAGUUUUAAUUUAAGGCCAAAUACAGAUUGUAGCAUACAGAGGAUAAAUCAAAAACCAAAGACACCUUUCCCCUUUCUCUGAUAAAAAAAUACCACCUUUGAUCUGAGUGGAAGACAAAGAGAUGUAUGAAACUGUAAAGAAAGGUCUAUGCCAAUCCUAGACUUAACAACACUUCAAUAAGAAAAGCAUCUAACGAUACACUUUUUUGUACCUUUGACACCUUGUUUUCUGGGCUUUUGUCACUGUGUCACCCAGGACAAACAGUGUCUCCAUUUAUUCUCUCUCUCCAAGAAGAGAAUAAACCAUUUUUGUCAUUUAAGUACGAAAGCAAGUUGCUUGGUGAAACCAGGAUGUAGUAUGGAAAUCAAUGUGACACACUUGCUAUUUUUCUAGAACUAAAGAUAUCCCCUUCCUCUUGAACUAAACUAGAAUGAGGUAGGUAGCCGUGUUGGUCUGAUGCAGUAGAAAUAUAUAUUUUAAAAAAUUAAAAAAUUGUCAAGUAGCACCUUAGAGACCAACUAAGUUUGUUCUUGGUAUGAGCUUUCGUGUGCAUGCACACUUCUUCAGAUACCUCUGAAGAUACCUCAUUCUAAACUAGAAUGAUUAAUAAAACAAAUAUACAGCCAGGCUUUCUCGAAAUGUUCACCUGUCUGAUCCAGUUAGGAGGGGGGAAAGUCGAUUUAAUCUGUGCUGUUAAGCAGUUACCAUGUGUACUCAAAUCUCCGAACUGCCAGGAAAUUGAGGCAUUUAAGGGUCUCGUGGCUACGUGGGGAUUUUAAUCCCAAUCUCCUCAGUUCAUACCCAAUUCUGACCACUGCGCCAUACCGAACCUCUUCCUACAUACCACGCUUCCCUAUUGGCUAAUGCCAGUUAAAACUUGGGUGGUGCAUUAAGAGCUCCACUCCCUGCCUUAGUUAGGUACACUAAUGGAUGCCAUCCCUCUUUGAACAAGCCCCACUUCUGUGUUCAGUCUCCUGUGCCUGACUGGCCAAGGCUCCUACUUUGUAGGAGGAGCCUGUUGUUAAACAUACAGGAUCCCUUUCACAUGGCUGCCAAACACAGGGCUGCCAAGGUAUAUAGCUCUGUGGUACAUUAGUGCUGGGGGUGCCAGCAUGGUUUGUAAGAGCAAUCCUGCAUCUCCCUCCCAUAACUGCUGAAUGGAGAGGGUAUCUGGAGGCUAUCAAUGGCUGCUAACACUGAUGGCUAUGUCUUACUUCCACUGGCAGAGGUAAUAUGCUUUUGAACGCCAGUUGCUGAAAACCACAGGAAGGAGAGUGUGAGACAUCUGGCUGGCCAUUGUGUGAACAGGUGAAGAGAGAGAAAAAAAUGAGAAAAAAGGGGAGAAAAAAAUUGCUGAAGGAGAGAAAAAAGAAAGGAACAGAAACAAAUUUACAUACAUAUUUUUGGGGAGGAGGGAAUGGAUUCUAGGCCAAAUUUAAUUUGAAGCAAAGCCUCGAUUCUGUCCUCUUACAUAAAAGGUAAAGGGACCCCUGACCAUUAGGUCCAGUCGUGACCGACUCUGGGGUUGCGGUGCUCUUCUCGCUUUAUUGGCCGAGGGAGCCGGCGUACAGCUUCCGGGUCAUGUGGCCAACAUGACUAAGCCGCUUCUGGCGAACCAGAGCAGCGCACAGAAAUGCCAUUUACCUUCCUGCCGGAGCGGUACCUAUUUAUCUACUUGCACUUUGAUGUGCUUUCAAACUGCUAGGUUGGCAGGAGCAGGGACUGAGCGAGGGGAGCUCGCCCCGUCGCGGGGAUUCGAACCACCAACCUUCUCAUCGGCAAGCCCUAGGUUCUGUGGUUUAGACCACAGUGCCACCCGCGUCCCUGCAUUCUCUUACAUAAGGUGCAUCUAUUUUAGGAGUAGAUCUCAUGCUGAAAGAAUGGUCACCCUCACAAGAAAGAGAGAAGAUUAAAGAAGGCGCAGGUUUGCUUAAAAUCGGCAUAUGCUGUGCCAAAAUCCCAGUGGAGCAGAAAAGAUUAUUUAUGCAUGUGACCACAGCUGCGUGGAUGUCAUUGGCCCAGAGAUGGAAAGAAGAUGAAGUCCCAACCAGAGAAGAAUGGCAGAUUAAGUUGAUGGAUUAUGCCGAAAUGGCAAAAGAAAUCAGGAAGACCAAAAUCUUAAUAAGAAAUGGGGAAAAUUUAUAAUUGAUCUUAAAAAUCAUUGCAAACAGUUAAAACUGUUAGUAGGAUUGGAAUAACACUUGCAGUUUAAUGGUGAAUUUUGGAUAUAAUGGAGUUGUAAAAGAUUUGGAUUAUUAUAAAAGAUGCAGGAGGAAAUGACUAACGAUAGGAGCCACGAAAGGGAGGAGGGAAGUCCAGGAGAUUCUUUGGCAUCUUGUUUUUAUGGUGUAUAUUGGAUAUGUGAUUGUAAAACUUUAAUUUGAAAAACCAAAUAAAUAAAUUUAUUUUAAAAAAUUAAAAAUAAAAUCUGCCCGUGCUGAUUUAUAUGUGUGUGAGCAAAUAAAAAAAAUAAUUUCUAUAAUUUUAAAUAGAAACACAGUGUGUCUCUCGCCAUAGUGGGAAAGGCUAUGACUGGAUGCCCUCUCUGUUUGUUUCCCAGGUGCGCACAGUGUAGUGCAAGGUCUCUGCUCUCUCUCCAUGUGGCUCUUUAUCUUUAAGCCUCAGCACCUCAGCUGGGCAGCCUUUCAAAUACCAGGCUCUUGGAACUUUGCUGCACAUUUUAAACAAGAGAGCUUAUUGCCUGCUGAAUUGUGCUUUUAAAGAUUGCUUCUGAUCUGUGGAUAACUUGAAUUAAAGUCUUGUGAUCCUGGUCUUGUGCUUUGUGGCUACGGCUGUUAGCUGCUCUGGGUUCCAGCAUGUGGAAGGAUGGAAUUUAAGAACAAGAAACGAAGAAAGCACAGCUGCAAAUAGAGGACUUCUCCAUGUAAAAUCAGAUGCACAGCCACCCUCGGAGGAAAGGAACACUCCCAACCAUUUGGGCAAUGUUGUGCAAAUGCUUUUCCUCCAUUUGUAGGCGCUGUCCCAGCUUCAUCACCGCUCUAAAAUGGAAAAGGAGGUGUGCCAAUGCCAACAAAAGACCAGGGCACUUUACAAAGGCCAUUCUAUGAUGCUAAGACUGUCACUAGUUCUCAGGAGGGAUUCAGACACACACCAGAACUUUUGGUUUGUACGGUUGAAGUGGGUUAAAACACACUGGCUGCAUUCACUUAACAGUUUAUUCCAUUUUCAUGAUGUUACCUCCCACAUUAUAUUUGAUUCACUUCUGGAAUGAUAGUGGAAUAUAGCACAAGUUCAGCUCUCAUUCAGUGGCAUACCAGGGGUUGCCAGCACCCAGGUCUGCAUGGAGGGGUUGGGAGGGAGAGAAAUGGAUGGAGUAUACAUACAUUCAACUGCGUAAUGGUGUCCACAUCACCCAGAAUAUUGCAGUCGCAGAGAUAAGAAGAGUCGUUCCAUUGUCUGGAGAGGUCGCUUCCUGGUUCGUAUGGAGAAUCGAUUUUUAAUGGAGCCCAGUGACGGAAGGGAACAGCUGUAUUGAGGCAACACUGAGUGUCGAAAUUUUGCGCCCCCUACCAAUUUUCCGUCAGGGGCAACUGCUCCUGUCCCCUCCCAUGCUACACCCCUGCUCUCAUUUUCAUAUUAUUUGCAAAGAUAAAUACAGUGGUGCCUCGCAAGACGAAAUUAAUUCGUUCUGCGAGUUUUUUUCGUCUUGCGAGUUUUUUCGUCUUGCGAAGCACGGUUUCAAUUUUUUCAAAAAAAUCUUCAAAAACCUCAAAAAAGGCUACCACACCGCGUGCUAUGAGUUGCUCCCCGAAGUCAAGUCGCAACUGCACCUCUUCAAGCAAUGCACCCUGUAUUACUGUAACGGUUUUAAGAAAAAGGAAACAAACUUGCAAGACGUUUCCGUCUUGCGAAGCAAGCCCAUAGGGAAAUUCGUCUCGUGAAGCAACUCAAAAAAUGAAAAACUCUUUCGUCUUGCGAGUUUUUCAUCUUGCGAGGCAUUCGUCUUGCGAGGUACCACUGUAGGUACCACUCCGGCAGGAAGGUAAAUGGCGUUUCUGUGUGAUGCUCUGGUUCGCCAGAAGCAGCUUAGUCAUGCUGGCCACAUGACCCAGAAGCUGUACGCCAGCUCCCUCGGCCAAUAAAGCGAGAUGAGUGCCGCAACCCCAGAGUCGGUCACGACUGGACCUAAUGGUCAGGGGUCCCUUUACCUUUACCCACCCACCUUGCCCUGGAAGCAAAAAACAUGGAAAUGAGCACACAGCUUGCACUAUAUUCCACUAUAGUUCCAUAAGUGUAUUUUAAGCUGAGCAAAAGCUCAAAUAUAAUGCAGAACACUUAGGACUUGGCUACAUUAGCAAAGAAAAAGUGUUUUAUAUGCAUUAUAACACCACGGCAACAGAUGGCGCUGUGGAGUCCCGUCUUUCACCAACGUGAUUUCCCAUAAUGAAGUUUACAGUGUGUUUUCCUGAAACACUUUUUAUGUGUCUAGAUCCAGCCUUAGAGGAAAGCUGUGAAAAGAAAAUAAACUGCCAUGUGAACGUAGUCUCAGUUGUCCUAACAUAGCAAAUCUGCUUUAAGAACAAAAACAAAAUGGACUUUGUGUAGUUAAGAAACCGACAGAGAAAAGCACCCAAAAGCAUGGAAUGGAGAAAUGAUUCAUGGGAAGACGUUUAAACACUCCAGUAGCAAAUCUGGAUGAGUGCUCAUUGCCUUAUAAAAUCAGAACGAAAGCUCACUAAAGACUGGGCAACUAGCGUUUAAGCUUUGCACAAGUAACUCAAGAUGAGUGCUAACUAAACAUGUUGUCAUGUGGAGAAGCCUUAACACAUAUGGUUGUGCAUCAUGACCAGGUUAUGUGAGAAUGCAGGAUCUCACCCAGUGGUGAAGCUGCAUGCUCCACUACCAGGGGCGGAGAGCAGGCAGGGGUGUGGCUGGUGGCCCCCGUGGGCGUGGUGCACAUUCCUGGGGGGCAUGGUGUGCAUCACAUGGCGUGGUGCGUGUUCUGGGGCCGUGGUGCGCUGCCUGUGGGGGUAUGGCGCCUGGCGUGCGCGGGGUGUGCAGCGCAUUUCCUCCUACCUGAAUAGUGGUGCCGGAGGCGGUCCACUCCCUCUGCACUCCCGUUUCUCUCCCAGUGAUCUCACCCCAUGCGGAAAAAAUUGUUAGAUCUGUUUAUGCAUAACUGUCUCUGGAUCAAGGUAAUGGCGGAGCAGUAUACAUAUCGUAAAUCAUUUCGCUUUGUUAUUUUUAGAGUGUUCAGAAACUGAUAAAUGUUAAUAAAUUGAUGAGUUUGACUAACACUUGAUGAACACGUAAGGCUCUUAUAUUUUAUUUUUCUUUAGAGGAACUGUGCAUCACAAUUUUCACUUUGGGAGAUUUUCUUCUUCCUCCCUUACUUCUGAAAGAUAAUAAGCUUUUAUCAACUUUUUUAAAACCAUGAAAAAACAGUUUCAAAACUCACCUAGUCAAACUGGUUUUCAGUGAAGCCAUUUAUCAUCUUAGCACUCAGUAAAUUGGACUGGAUCUCUUAGCAGAAGUUGAGCUUUCAUCACAUUGGAAAAGGGGAAGAAGGCAACCCCCGAGUGUUCCAGAAGAUCAAAGCCUACAUCCUUUGCUUCCGCUAUCCAGCCUACAGCCAUUUAAUGCUAUGAUCAUAUCAGUUCCUGAGUUUCACUAACUUCAGAUACCUGCUUCAUUUUGACUGCUGACCACAGGAUAUCAUACAGACGAGAGUGAUGGAGGAGAAUUCAAUAUACCUGGUAAUAACCGUACAUCCAAGGACAUUUUUCCCCCCAAAGUCUAUCAGUAGUAAUGCAGUGCAUCUCUCAUAGUGUGCAGGUGACCUGGGUGCUGGAUUGGGUCUGCUGUGGUCCCUCUGCUACAAGGCCCCUCCUCUCCCAUCUUCGUGUUCAUUGUUUUCAUUAGUUCCAUGAUAAAAGCAAAUUCCUAGUACAGUGGUACCUCGGGUUACAUACGCUUCAGGUUACAUAUGCUUCAGGUUACAGACUCCGCUAAGCCAGAAAUAGUGCUUCAGGUUAAGAACUUUGCUUCAGGAUGAGAACAGAAAUCGUGUGGCGGCGGCGCGGCGGCAGCAGGAGGCCCCAUUAGCUAAAGUGGUGCUUCAGGUUAAGAACAGUUUCAGGUUAAGUACGGACCUCCGGAACGAAUUAAGUACUUAACCCGAAGUACCACUGUAUUUGUCCUGUUCCAUUUCUCAGCUACAAACAGUUAAGGGCAGCCUCCCAGAAUGUGUUUAAUAGUGGCUUGUUAUGAAAAAUGAGAGGAUCAAUGAAACCAGCAUCCCAUCUCAAUGGGAGAACUGGCACUCGCAAAGAGAAGCCGAGAGGCCCCUGGAAAUUCCAGACCCCUCAAGAAAUAAGAAUUAGAAAAUGGAACGAUCAAUAUAUGUUCAUUUCAAAACACACUGCUUUAAAAUUAAGAAAGCAAGAGUAGCUUCCUAGACUUCAAAUGAGAAAGUGAAAUCCACCUAAAAACCAUCAAAGGCCAUUCCUGCAGGUGUUUUAUAUCUGUUUAUGAAGAGAUAGAUGAUAGAUAGAUAGAUAUAUAGAUAGAUAGAUAGAGAGAGAGAUAUGGUAGAUAGAAGCUUGCUGGGGACAUCUAAAGCAAAUGCCAAACCAUUAUUUUCUGUCUGGUAACAAAGGGAUAACCCGUUUUUUAUUCCGCUCACACAGAAAGGGAACUCUUGUGACACAUUCUCUUAAUGAAGAGCCCUGUUACUGCAAUGAUCCUUAGAUCUCUACCGAACGUCUUUGCCAUCUCAAGAUAUUCCACAAAUGAGAGAACUUGGAAAGCUAGUCAAUAGCAGCAAAGCUUGCAGCCCUUAUCAGCACUGUGGUGAAUGAAUUGGCAUUUGUACUGUAGCCCAGCCAUUAUGCUUAUCUUGAGGGUGAAAUUUGAUAUAGGACGUAGAAAUACCGUUUCUGUCCACCCUGAGCACAGCUGAAAAAAUGAACGUGACCAAAACUUUUAUUUGAUGAAGGUUAUAUGGAAAGGAACUUUGAGUACCAAAACACAAAGCAAAAAUCAUUCUAGGGCUUGAGAACCACUUCACAUAUGCCUAGAGAUGUAAAAAUUCCGGAAAUUUUGAAGCCAUGGGGGGGGGGGGGACACCCCAUUUUUCCGGCUUUUUUCCAGGCCUUCCCAUCUCUCAUCCAGCCACUGAAGCAGUCCUCCAUAGCUUCCAACAAUUCUCCCUUGAAAAUAGGGACAUCCUAUUCUAUUAUUAUUAUUAUUAUUAUUAUUAUUAUUAUUAUUAUUAUUAUUAUUAUUAUUACCCUGCCCAUCUGUCUGGGUUGCCCCAGCCACUCUGGGCAGCUUUCAACAAAGAUAAAAACAUGAUAAAAUAUUAAACAUUAAAAACCUUCCCUAUACAGGGCUACCUUCAGAUGUCUUCUAAAGUUUGUAUACUUCUCUCUUUGGCUCAGGGGUUGCAUAACUCCAUACCCUCCAACAUUUCUCCGAUGAAAAUAGGGCUGUUCUAAGAAAAGCAGAAUAUUCUGGGAUCAAAUCAGAAACUGGGACAGCUUUUGUAAAUCCAGGACUGUCUCUGGAAAAUAGGGACACUUGGAGGGUCUGGUCUUCUAUGUACCACUAAUCAACUUCAUCUACUAAAUAGGUAACAGGAGCAAUCGAAACCUCCUAAACCAGGCUGGGUGGGUGUGUUGCAUUAAGCAGAAGCUUCCCUCCACCCAGCUCUCCCAUGGCUAAGCUGGCAUAUGCAUGUUGAGGGAUCUCCACAGCAGCCAGUGGAAGACUCUGAAAUGGGGCAUUCUGAGGGCAGGGAUUGGCUGAGCUAGCCUGGAAUCUAUUGGAUUCCACAGCACUUUCACUACUGUCAUGUUAUGGCAUGGGGCUUGAUCUGGGCCCAAUUGCUGCACCAGCUCCAGGCUGCUGGAUGUAGCAGGGCUGUAUAUGUGGCAGUGGGCACUGUUAGAAUUCCUGCUCCGUGACUGCAGUCAUGGGAUUUUUGUCUACCACAUGACGGUGUAUGUUUUGACUCCACAAAGUGUGGGAAGUGACGGAGACAGGAUGCUUGUGUUCCGUGAAGUGGCACUAUUGUCCUUUCUCUUUGCUGUCUGAUGCUAGAGAGAAAGGGAGCCAUGUUGCAGUGCUCCGUGUGUGUUUAUAUGUAAAUAAAGUAGAUUAGCCAAAAUGCUGAGUUGCUGAGGUCUGUCACACAAGCUGCGAAGACUCUGCAGAUCCCUAAGUGUGCCGAUGUCUGUUGGCAUCAGUCGCUGUGAUGUUUGGGCAGAAGAAAGGUUUUGAAGCUCCCGAACGAUCGACCAGGAGGGAGGGAACAUGUCAGUUGGGCAUGUGUCUCUACCAGGGUCCUAUUUGAGUGUAGGACGAGCUCCUAACAGGCACAUCACUUUGUGCAGCCCCACUGGCAGGGAAAGAGGGCUUGGGUUGCAGUCCUGCUCUGCACAUAAACAAGUGCCACAGCUUGAUAUAUUCUGACCUUCAACAUCAUGUGCUCAAGAACUUCAAGGUGAAGAUUGCUUAUUCCCAGGACAUCAUCUGAAGGCGCAUGAUGCGUCAACCUUGCUGUGGUCAAGGAGGUCUGGGUCUCUUCGGUGCCUGGGUGGAAGGCUGCCUGCCGACCACCUUGAGUUCCCUCACAGAAGAUACGCUGGCUACAAAUGCAAUAAUUUAAUAUUGCCAGAAUGGUUUUCAAAAUCUUCAUGGCUAUAACAAAGAAGGGUCACUCUGCCUUUCAUUACACUGGGUAUCGUUAUGGCUGUGCAACAGCUUUUCCCAAUGGCAUCCUAAAUAAAAACACAACGUAUCCCAGAAAAAGUCUGGAAUAGGAAAAGAGAAAAGAACAAAGUUGAACUUUGCCCUCCACCGCCUGACUUAAUUAAGCAACUGCAGUAGCUGUGCGCACAAACAAAAAUCAGCAGCUUAUUCCCAUUUCCCCUUAGCCUUCCAAGCGAAUUUGGCAUGGAUUUUGCGGGUGGCAGAGGCAAGUUUAUCAGAAGGCAUAAGGGAAUUGUUUCUAUUUUCUCCUGGCGCUUUUCUCUCUUUUUUUGCAUAUGUUUUGAAAAGUGACUGGUGAAUCGAUCAAAAAGCACCCAAAGGGAAUAGGAACGGUUUCAUUUUGGCAGUAAUUAACUGAUUAUCAUUUUAGGGCCCGAUUCCCUCUGACAGCUGAGUCUUGCAGGGCAUUCUCCAGUGGUUUAUGAGAAGUAACGGAUGAUAUAACCAGUCUUGAACUUAAUGCAAGAAAAAGUGAUUUUCUUAUAUUGUAAUGGCAGAUGGCGGAAAUCACAGAAAGGUAAAUGGGAGAGGAUCCAGAAACAAUCAGGUCACAAGCAAUCUAACCCUUGCAGCACAUAUUCUAAAGUUGGCAGCCACUAUUUGGCUGCCUAAUGCGGCAAUUGCUCCUUGUGGAGGUUGUAGCAUGGAAAAUGCCACCCACCUACAGGAUCUUCUGGCAGUAGGCAUGGAGACUUAUUGUGACAUGGUUAAUUGGUCUGACUCUACACUUAAUGGCUCCACACUCUUAAUAGUUUUAAUGGUUCUACACUUCUUCUGUUGCCCUUUUUUUGUUAUAUCCAAAUCAUUUUGGGACUAUUGGCCGGAGUAUCUGCAACGCCCAGCCAGACACCACCCACCCAUGCUGAUCUUUGGAUCCACUUGGACAGGACAGAGUAAAAGAGGGUUUCCUAUUUCAGCUAUGUCUUGCUUGAACAACAAGGUCUUCCUUUACUGAAUAGCCCAGGGGUGGGGAAGUGGAUCUGACCACUUACCAGUCCAUUACCUGAUUUCACCAUCAGGUGGAGUGCUGGCAAUCAGCUGGUGAGUGGGACUUCAAAGCACAGCACAAGGUUCUUUGCAGAGUGCUUUGAAGUCCUGCUAGGCAGCUGAUCGUCGGCGCUUCGAAAGCCUAUCAGUUCUGAAACACCACCAAUCAACUGAUCUAAGGGGCUUCAGAAGCACUGCACGUGAAGUGCUGACAAACAGCCAAUCAGCAGUGCUUCAGAAGACUCUUUUUGGCCCAGUCCAGCCACCGUUGUACUUUUUUUUACAGGUCAUAUAUAGCAUGCCUGCAUGAUUUGGCCAAAAUUGCCUGAUGGUCCAAAUUAGGCCCAUGGACUGGAGGUAAUCUUCACCCCUGAUGUAGCCUUUGUUCUUUGUUCCUGAUUUCCAGCUUGCUUCAUGAUCCUUGUUAAGUUGUGGGUGAACAUAUCAGACGACACAGCGAUUCUUCAAACAGCUCUUGUUUAUUCACAGGCCAGAACAGAACUGAACUGAAGGGUUCAGCUAGCCUGCUUAUGUAGAGCUCCACUAGAACGCAACAGUAACCAUUUUCUGUAACUAUCCAAUCACUGAACGUCACUUUCGAUCCCUUAUUUGCCUAUGCGGACCUGAACUAUCUACAGUAUCCCCCUGCUGGCCCAGGGUGAGAACUUCAGUACAUAACAAUCCUGCCUUACAGUUUGCUCCUUCUGUCCUGGUUUUUAAGUCAUAAAAUCUGGUUUGUUCCUCAAUUCAUCCUCCUGUGUCUUGUCCUUUGGUUUUGAUUUACUCUAGCUUUGUUGCCCAGCAUUUGGUUCUGGUCUCUAAGGACAUCUCAAACUUCUGCCCACAUCCCAGCCUUGGCGAUCAGUUAUCCUAACCAGCACAGCACACAGGCCCAAUCCAAACCCAUAAUCCAAGUGGUAAUUUUCAAGCAUUGCUUCCAUCCGCAUGCAUUUCUGCAGGUAAUGUCAGAGUUAAUUAAGCCACAUCCAACCUCCUACCACCCCUCCUGUCAGCCUUUACAAUGCUCAUUAAUCAUGAAGCUCAGAUAACUAGGCUCUCUCCUAUGGCGUGGUGCCCCUGGGAAUGUGAUGCUGAGCUACUGCUCUGACCUUGGCUUGAAAGCUGUUUGGGGCAAGAGCCAAGGUGGAAGGAAGCUAAGAGAGCAAUGUGUUACUUUGGGCAGGAGUCAGCAUUAAAGAACACCAUGACUGUGUUGCUCAGUUACCUUUACAUGUCAUGUCUCUCCCAUCUAAGUAGACAGUAUUGUGCCUUAAGCAGGUUGGAGCAAAUUUAUUCUGAGAACUCAAAUUCACACACCAGAAAAUCUAUGAAUUUCACUGGGGAACCUUUCUCUGUCCAAAGUCCGCAUACGUUUGCAGGCAACCCUUCUUGGCAUGAUGGUAUAUAAUUUUUUGAUGGAAUCUAGUAACAAUGAAAAACAAGCAAUAUAUAAUUACUUAUAACCAAACCAAAAGAAUACAAACACGAUGUAUGCUGACAAAAUAUCAACCAUCUAAACCUGAUAUAGCGCACACAAGUAGUUGUUGUUGUUGUUGUUGUUGUUGUUGUUGUUGUUGAUGAUGAUGAUUUUAUAUUCUACCUUUUUCUCUGACAUGACUCAAGCCGGCUUACAGAUUAAAAACAAGAAUCAUUAAAAACAUAGAAAAAAGCAUCGUUAAAAAAAUAAUUAAACAUCAAUAGAAUUAGAACUAUAUACACAUAUAAAAUCUGUUUAAAACACACAAAUAAUUACAAUACCAGCAAAUACAAAACGAAAACAAAAAACAAUAAAAUGGUGGCUCCCCUUUACUUUUCAUAUUUGUUUGUUUGUUUGUUAAUUAAAUUUGUACACUGCUCUAUACCCAUAGAUCUCAGGGUGAUUCACAACAUAACAACACAAUAAAUAAGAAAAAAGAAAAUACAUAAGAAAAACAAAAACAACCGCAACAUUCCCUGCUUCCGCAAGACAUUUUAAAAGGGCAUCGGGUGUCAAUCAGCCAAAGACCAUACCAGUCAGAUCAGAGCUAUAAUUAGGAAACACUGGCAUUUAGUGUAGAACCAUGCCUAGCCUUGGUGGGUGGAGAAUUGAGAGGUAAUUUUCUAAAUAAUAAUAAUAAUAAUAAUAAUAAUAAUAAUACAGUCAUACCUCGGGUUACAGAUGCUUCAGGUUGUGUUUUGUUGGGUUACCUACCUGCCGAAACCCGGAAGUACCGGAACGGGUUACUUACGCUUUGCACAUGCGCAGAAGCACCGAAUUGCAUCCCGUGCAUGUGCAGACACGCCGCUGCAGGUUGCGAAUGCUGUGGGUUGCAACCUGUAUCCCGCACAGAUUAUGUUUGCAACCCGAGCGUCCACUGUAAUAAUAAUAAUAUUUGUACCCUUCCCAUCUGGCAGGGUUUAAUAGGAAUUGCAAUGUUGGUGGUGAUUGUUGAUCUGAAGGAGAAUUUGUCUAGACUGGCUUUUCAGUCAAUGGUCUAAAAUGUGUUCAAAGAACACAAAGCAUUGAUCUCCGAACCACAAUGGAGCGACAUGGCUUACAUCGACUAUAAGGCAGUGGCUUUUCAUGCUUGCCAUUUGAAAUAAAGAAAACUUUUGAUGAUACAAGUUAUGGCUUGAUCAAUAUUAGCACUCUCAACUGAUGGUAAUUGCACUCCGAUUGAUAUUAGAAUUACUAACCAAAAGGCUUCAGAUAGAUUAAAAUUAAUCAGGACAUGUAUUCUUUUUCUUCACAAGGGGGGGGGGGAGAGAAACGAGGCCUGGGAAACCCUUGCAGCCUUCCAGUGGAUGAAAUAUGAAUGCACAGGAUAUAUUUUCUGUCUAAAGCUGUGUGGUCAGAAGAUGGCAAUUAUCGAGAUAUGUGCAGAGCAAAGUAACAGUCAGUGAAUCAUAAGGACAUUUCCCACAACUGAAUUAUAUCCUGCUCCAGGACACAGCAAAGUAUUGGAGACAAAGCUGAACAAACUAUCUUUUUAUAUAAUAAUAGAUUGGAUCAUAAAAUCCGAAGAGUGUCAGUAUCUUUAAACACCCUGUGGCCUUUUCUCCAAACUUCAGAGCAGUAUCUCGGAAUCAGUAAUGGAAGUUGUGCUGAACAACCGAGGAGAGGGAGGGAGGGGGAUUCCUAUCGCUGCACUUUAGGCACCCUCCUGAACGGAACCAGUGGCGGGUGGUUCACUGACCCACCAACCUCAGCCUGCCCUCAGCUAGUGCCCUACUUGCCAGCCUUCUUACAUAUAGUAAGUCAGGGGGUGAAGGGUGCAGGAAGUGCCUGCCAUUGGUUCUGUCAUUACCUACUGUUGAUCUCACUGAAUUCUGCCCUACCAAUCCCAAUGCACACCCUCCAAGUUGUUGGAAAAACACCCGGGAAGGCCACCACCUUCCCCCCAAGACACCGGGGCAUCUUUCCGGUGGCCACCCUCUGGCUGUAAAUCUUCCUUAGUCCAGAGAGACCGGUGAUAAGAGAUCCCUCCCUCCUGAGGGGAGCACACUCAUCUCCUCGCAUCUCAUAGCAGAAGAAGAGUUAAUCAGUAUCUCUAAAACUACUUUUAAAAGGUAAAGGGACCCCUGACAAUUCGGUCCAGUCGUGGUCUCUCUCAGCAUCAGUACAGAACAGCCUAACACACAGAAGUGAAACUAAACUCUCAUGCUCUCAGGCACUCACAUGAUAUAAACAACAUAGUGCUAUUUGCUGAGCAAGCUUGGGUGGAUAAAAAUCCUAACACGUGUCCCUAUUUUCCUGGGGAAAUCCUGUCUUGGUUUCUGAUUUGAUUCCAGAAUGUCCCACUUUUCCUUAGGAAGUCUCUUAGGAAGAGAAAUGUUGGAGGGUAUGGUGUUAUGCAACCCCAAGCCAAGGAGAUAAGUAACUAUACAACUUUCAGAAGACAGGCAGUCCUACAAAAUGAAGUUUUUUUAAAAAAUAAUAAUAAUAAUGUUUUAUUAUGUUUUUAUAUAAGUUGGAAGCCGCCCAGAUGGAAUAUAAAUAAUAAAAUUAUUAUUAUUAUUAUUAUUAUUAUUGAAUAGGAUGUCCCCAUUUCCAUCGGAGAAAUGUUGGAGGGUAUGCCAAUGGGCACCAGCCACCACUGAACAGAACUAUCUAUGACACCUGGGCCAGCUGGGAAAUACUUCAUCUACAUUAAAUUAGUUUUCCUAGAAAGUGAGACCACCGGAAGAGCUGUCUCGGAUCAGACAAAGGGUCCCAAGUCCAACAUUCUGUUUCCCACGGUAUCUGACCACAUGCCUCUUGGAAGCCCAAAAGCAAGGCAUGGAGGCAAUAAUUAUUUUUCUCCAGCAACUGGAGGCCUGCAAAUGGCUAUCAUGACUAAUGGUCACUCAUUGACUUUUUCUCUAUGGGUCACCUCAAGAGAAGGAAGAGGUGCCACCAUGACCCGCCAGGGACUUCUCUUCCUUUUCUUUCUCCAUGGAGUUGGUAAGUGGAGCAAACAGGGAGGCACUCCCUAGUAUUAUAGAAUACAGUACGCAAUAGCAGAAUGUUAAAUAUAUUCUAUUCCUCUGGUAAAUGCUCUCAGCUGCUUGUGAUUCUGAAAGUUUCCCCACACUAAAAUGAAUCAACAAGCUUCCCAAUUUGAAGGUAAAGCGAGCACUGAAAGAGGCAAACGCAGAAUCGCAAAGAAUAUUUAAAGGCCUUUCCUAGGGUUUCAGCUCAACUCAAUAUCGUCCACUAUCAAAUUGUGUUAAUUAAUGACAUUAACUCAACUGAGAUUUAUUACUCCCCAACCAAGAGAUGUAUAAUUAAUACUCCUCGCCUAUAUAUAGCUCUUUGUCACUACAUUUAGGAAUAUAAGCCUCAUUUAUUCUAAGGUUAUAAUGAAAAAAAUUGACUCGUGCAAUUUUAAUUGCUGUAAUAUUUUUCCCGAUUUUUUGCAGAGUUUCUUGGAAUUUGUUGGAGCCACUAGCUCCUCAGAAACCUUUCUACAACGUUCAUUUAGCUCCUGUCAUUUCUUACACUAAAUACAGUGGGGGCUUGAUGGCUUAUUUGAUACCUGCAUCAAUCUUAAUUUAUUUCCAUAAUUUCCUCUGACAAAUCUGUUGAUGCCAUUGACAUCCUCUGCGGCAAUCAUUCUCACAGACUCAAGGUUAUUUUGACAUUUCCCAUGCCCAUAACUCACACAUCUAGGACGUAGCCCAAUUCUGCUGUCUUUUACCCUUCAUCAUGUUCAAUACCUGUCCUUUACUUACCAGCCUGUAGGCUGAUAGUCUUCAUUAUAUCCUGCUUUGACUAAUGUAGCAUAUUGCUUUCUCCCUUUGCAGGCCUGUGUACCGUGCCACUCCACAUCAAAUAUAUUGCAGCCAAAGCAUUCAUCUUCCUGGUUCAAUCCAUUUGUCAUUUUGCCCUGUCCUUUACAUCUACGAAAGCCUGCAUUUACCAGGUGACAAUAGUUAAGAUUCAUGGAAUCAUACAAUUGGAAAGAUCAUAAGCCCCAAAAGGGAUGCAUGCAUACAUUAUUUAUUUUUAGAAUAUUUACCCCACUUUUUGACUUUAAAAUAAGGCGGCCAUAUGACCAACUUUAGGGACGCGGGUGGUGCUGUGGUGUAAACCACUGAGCCUAGGGCUUGCCGAUCAGAAGGUCGGUGGUUCAAAUCCCCACGGCGGGGUGAGCUCCCGUUGUUCGGUCCCUGCUCCUGCCAACCUAGCAGUUCAAAAGCACGUCAAAAUGCAAGUAAAUAAAUAGGUACCGCUCUGGCGGGAAGGUAAACGGUGUUUCUGUGCGCUGCUCUGAUUCUCCAGAAGUGGCUUAGUCAUGCUGGCCACAUGACCCGGAAGCUGUCUGCGGACAAACGCCGGCUCCUUCGGCCUAUAGAGAGAGAUGAGCGCCGCAACCCCAGAGUCUUCCGCGACUGAACCCAACGGUCAGGGCUACCUUUACCUUUACUAUGACCAACUUUAUGGAGGAGACCCCUCUGUUUGAAGGUCUGUCCCAUCCAAGUCUACCUAAAGAUAAGGGAGACAGCAAGAGGGGCCUUAAAGUUGCCCAUGAAUGGUGAACAACGCCUAGAUUGCAGACUGAGCAGGCAUACAGGUCAUCAUUGUCUUCCCCAGUAUGGUGAUAUGUAUUGUAUUUCUAUUUGAAUUGAGUAUACACUUAAUUCAAAUAGAAAUACAAUACAUAUCAUAGAGUUGGAAGGGAUCUUGAGGAUCACCUAUGUCCAAGCCCCCGUAAUGCAGGGAUAUGCAGCUGUCCCAUAUGGGGAUCAAACCUGCAACAUUUGUGUUAUAAGCACCAUGUUCUAACCAACUGAGUGUCAUCCUUCCUGAAUUUGCAUCUAUACAUACAAAUUAGUGUGUGCACAUUUUAUGGAAAUCUGUGUCCUUUCUGGGUGUGUGAAGCGUUUCCUCUUUUUCAGUAUUAUAUACAUGGCCACACUACCUCCAAGGCCCUACAGGAGGCUGAUAAAAGUCACAUCCAACUCAGAUCUGCACUGCUUUCUUCAACCACCAACAAAGAGCCAUUGGCCGUAGACAGACCAGUGGAGGAUUCCUUGAUGUGUUGCCUGAUCUUCUGAUGCCAACUGAAGGGGGCCUCUGAGGAAGCCAGGUGUAAAGGCUGCCAAUGAUGACUGUUCUUGGGAGGGAGGAGCAGAAUGGCAGAUGGUCCUAGCCAGGCUAACGGAUGAGGCGUUGCUGUCUUGCCUUUCUCUCUGGUCCUGAACAUGUGGGAAACCAAAAGGACUAUUUCCAACAGGAGACUUUGCAGUUGACUGGGGUGACCUAAAAGAAAGAAAGAAAAAGGCAGCAAUUGAAAUGUACUUUGUGAAAUGAACGUUACCAGAAGACAUGUUCCCAAUCAUUUUCUGCCAGUAUUUCUAAUUAAAAAUAGUGAGUCAUGUUUGAUGUAAAUGUGCUCCUACGAAUGUAAUUUUACUGACAUUGGAUAUGAUGAAAAGGAAAAGAAGCCCAUUAAAUGAAAAGCUAAAGCUAUUAUUCUCCUGCCUGCUGUCUAAAUCCCAAAUGAAUUACCGUAUCUCAAGGAGUCAUGAAACAUGGAAAACACAAGUCUGCAACACUGCUGGUUUGCAAUGACUCUCAUGCUUUGGGCCUUUGUAGCUAAGAAAACUGGGAUGGGAAUUAUUGAACAAUAAAGUCAUCAUUUAAGAA